AUGUCGUCGACGACUCCGUCUCCCUCGGCGCCGCCAGACGCCAACGAUAUCGCGCUCACGGCGCCGCCAGACAACAGUGACACCGCGCUCACGGCGCCACCAAACAAAGAUGACACCUUGCCCUCGGCACCGUCAGACAAGGACACCGCGCCUCCAGGACCGCCAGACAACCUCGACAACGUGAUCUCGGCACCAUCAGCCAACGACACCGCUCCUCCAGCACCCUCAGAAAAUAAUGAAACCGCGCUCUCGGCACCGCUAGACAACCAGGACACCACGCUUUCGGCACCUUCCGCGCCUUUCAUAAGCCUCAAGUAUGCUCCGGGUAACAAGUGUAUCUGCGCCAAACAAGGUAUCUGCGAGCUCGCGACCUCGCUCUGUCCUCAGCACGGAUACCAUGACAAUAAAAGCAAGGUCACCAAACGGAAGAGCUCUUGUAUUGCAGGGGAGUCACACGAGACUGCGAAAGAUGGAAAAGACCGCCGUGACCGGAAGCCCCGAGACAGGGUAAGGAGAAGGAGAAAUACAGCAGAGCCACAACCACGGAGGUCUCGAAAUCCAUUCUACCCUCGACAUUCGCUUCCCACCAGCAAUGCUGAGAGGACCGCCGUGGGAGCCUUCGCCGCAGAACUCAGACUCAUGAAUGACACCCUGCGUCAAGUUUUGACUGGCCGCAGCGCCUCUGACGACUAUAUACGGUCUUUUCAGUUCUCCGAGCGGCCACCUCUGACCCAAAUUGACUUCCUUGAUUGGCCACUCGAGGCAAGAAAGAUCAUAUACCGGUUCUUGCUUGUGCCGGCCAAAAGAGCAAUCAUUUUCCCGGGCAAAGACAGCAAUCACACAUUCAGCCAGUUGAACCCAGAUCUCAACGCGAGGAUCCUCCGGACGAACAGUCAGGUGUACAGCGAAGCUAGAAAUAUUCUAUAUAGCGAGAACAGCUUCACUGCCGCAGAGCCUUCUGAUUUCUUCUAUCCCAACGGCGUCCAGGGACUUCGAGCUAGCACAGCCAACAAGAUCAAGCAUAUCUCGUUUCUGAGGAAAGCCAGUGGUCCGAAGCUAUGUGACAUCGACAGCAAGGUCCUGUCGACGUCCAUCCUCUCAUUGAUUUUUCAAUGUCCGGCAUUCCUCAGCCUUGACACGCUCACCAUCCGGUUUGAAGUCUUGCGCCCCGUCACCGUCAACAUGCACAACUUACAAGUGCAGUAUGCAAAUAACGGCAUCGACUGCGAUAUCAGGUCGGUGUACAACAAGACUGAGGUGGUCAUGACGGCGGCGGCAAUGGUGGCCUACAAGACACUGAGGAGAAGAUCACCAUUUCAGGGUCUAAAGGAGGUGGAAAAUCGCUUUGUGAGUGUCUUUGAACCCAACCGAGAUAGAUGCAUCAGACAUGUGACUGAGAUAUGUUUGUUCAGAACCAGUGAGCCGGUGAUGGAGUACCAGGCGCAGAGCCAGAUGCUGCGUGAAGCAAUCCUGGACAUGUUGUUCGAAGAGAAGGAGAGGGGAGUGCAAGGAGCGGAAGAAAGGUUCCGGGACUUCGUGAGACGAUAUCCUGAGUGA